UAUCUACAGAUGCAAUAGAUUUUGCUGUUUUUCUUAAUUUUUACAAAAACUAAGAAAUUAAUAUCUUUUUAUGUUCUUAUUAGAUAAAAUAUUAUUCCUGGGGUGAUGGAGUCACCGCCUUCGUUUUCAACACAUUCUGAGGCGCCUCCCUUAAGUGAAGAUAGUGGUUUACUGAUUACAAGUGGUUCUUUUUCCAGUGAUUCUGCAAGUGGAUGGCAUCACGUCGCGUCUGAAUUGCAGGAAAGUGAUUUCGAUGAGAGGUCCUUGUCACUUUGUGAAUCAACUGAAACCUCAGAGCGUAUGUGCGGUGAUUUCUUUUUUAACACCGUCAAGAAAGGCCCAGGAAAAGUUAUUCUUACUACAAUAGACCCACCACCAGAAUUUCAAGAUAACCUUGUCCCUGUUGACGUAGACAAAUUAACGGCUGUGUAUGUGCCUCCAUCUAUCGUUUAUACCAAUGAACCGACUGAUAAAACGAAAUCUUCACACUUAGAUAUACCGCUACCAACAAGGCAUGCGUCGCCAUUUUGUCCGAGGAAGCUCAAACCGGAGUCAUUGUACGAUAGGCGUCAAUGCUUAAAUCAUAGAUUUACGAGUCCACGACUUUUGCAUCUAAGCCCUUGUCGUGCUAAUAGACCUUCUUCGAGAAAUUCACUGUCGUCUCGUUUGUCCAGUAGUCAUAAUAGUCUUGUGACUCAAUUCCAGGCAGACGACUCUAGUUUCAUUACCCAAGCCAUAUCACAUGAUACGUUAUCAGCAAAGACGUCCGACAUUACAGAUAUGUACAAUGUCCCUUUCGAUAGCGAUAUUUACGCGGUCCCCAUUGACAUGGUGCGACCUAGUCAUAGUAACGUGAGAAGCAAAGGGAAAAAGCUGCCAAGGAAUAACAAAAAGCGGGGAAAGAGCACGCCACAAAAUAUAGGAAUGAAUCACAUGGCUGUCGAUAGAAGUCACAAGCCGAAGGACAUGCCCCGGCAUAAAGAUGUCAAAACCAAACGACAUAGCUUGCCGAGCUCGUCUUGUAAAAAAAGUGCCACGGAUUCCGAUACAGACUCGUUACAUUUAACUUUACGAGAAAUGAGGAAAUAUUUGCAUACGCUUUAUUCUAGUUCAAGUGAUUCAGAAUGUAGGAAUACCAUCAAUAAAAAGAAAAUUCCUAUCAUCUCCAAUGUCGGAAUACAUAAGCAAAAUAAAGAUACCGGUACGGCUAUAUAUUUAAAAGAAAGCAACGAAUUAUCCAAAACCGCCGAAACAAAUAACAAUCACAAGAAAUCGAAUAAAAAUUCGUUCGGUAUGAAUGUUAAAAAUAAGAAGCACAAAGAGAAUGCGCCUAAAGAAGUUAUAGAAGUAGACAAAAGUGAUAAAUCAGCGAAGAAGCAGAAACCUAAAAUGUCACCGGUUAGAAUUUUGUCCAUAAAUUUGCGGCAGAGUUUCUGUAAUUUGUUUCGCUGGCACAACGUGUUCCGCCGGUCGCAUCUGGCCGAGGGCGGAGCGGAGAUUGAGAGAGUGAAUGGUAGCAAGGAAAAUUCUCCGCCGGCCGCGGUGAGGCGUGCGUUGCCACCCCUCCCGCCGCCCUCGCAGUCCCCACAAACGUCUCGCCGACACGUUGAUGAAGAUCCCGUUAUGGAUUUUGCAACUUCCAUUCAGAAAGUCAAAGAUUAUGGAUGGUACUGGGGUCCCAUUUCAGUAGAGGCUGCUGAGAAAAUUCUAUCGAAUGAGCCAGAUGGAUCGUUCAUAGUGCGGGAUAGUAAUGAUGACCAUUAUAUUUUUACAUUGACCUUCAAACUAAAUGGUCUUAGGCACGUUAGGAUAGAACAUGAUCAGGGUAACUUCUGCUUCGGGGGCUGUACAAUGUUCAAAGCGCAGACUAUAGUAGAGUUCAUCGAGAAUGCGGUGGAAACUUCUCGAAGCGGUCGAUACCUAUUCUUUCUGAAUCUUAGGCCCGUGUUGGGGCCAGUCCGGGUGCAACUGCUAUAUCCCGUCUCAAGGUUCAAGAGAGUUCAGAGCUUACAGCAUAUGUGCAGAUUUGUGAUAUUGAAGUACGUUCGCCGUGAUCUUAUCAGCAAUUUACCUCUGCCGCGUCGCCUCGUCGACUAUUUAAACGCAACACAUUACUAUUCGGAGCUUCUCGCCGAUAUUUAGAAUGGUAUCACAUAUUUUCUAUGCUAACACAUGUAAUUGAUUGUACACAUAUUCGAUUUCCAAAAAUAGUCUUUGCCUCAAGAACAUUUACUGCUUAUUUUAUUGUGACACGAGAAAAUUAAUCAUAUCUGUUAUGCACUAAAUCUUAGAAUACAGAACAAAAGCUGAACGAGUGUUCGAUUAUGUUUCUAUACAUCAUACCGUGUCUUAAAAAAGUCGCAAACUCUGCAUUAAAGUAGGAAGAUACAUUUUGAAAUUAUCCAAAUGGGAUUCAUAUUAUACGCACAUAUACAGAUAGUAUUUUUAUAUAAACAAAACCAUUACACACGUUGAUAUCCAAUAAUGCUCGAGUAGAUUUUUUGCGUGACUGUUCUUUCUGAUGUUUUGUAUUCUAAGUCCAUGGGUGCUUUUCCAUCAGAGAUGUGUUACGCAGCUUAACUGCCAAAAUGUGUAAGCUAAGAAAUACGCGACAGUUUCUUCCAAUGCUAAGCUGUGUGUCUGUAUAUAAUUGCUAUGAAAACAUACCGCUAUCGGUGUGACUAGACCUACGUAUAUGGCCAACUUAUUGUGAUCUGUAAAUAUGAAACGCAUUUCCUUAUUAAGUAAAUCUCUAAUUGAAAAACACCCUGAUAAUUGUUAUGAAUUAGGGAACUAAAAAACAACUGGUAAAACUACAUUUCUUCCAAUGUGGUUUGUUUGUCUUGUUUACACGUGAGUUGUCCGAUUUCUAAGACUAAUUGCAACCUAAGCAAUCCUAGCAAGUACAACAUAUUUACCUUAAGUCUAAGGGGCCAUAAAUAAGACAAACGCCGUUUCGACACCUUAAUUUGUGAUCUAUUUGUUCGGUAUAUUUUUAUUAAAGGUAAUUUAGGGAAUCUAUUUAUUUUGUGGUUGUGUGGUUAGUAUGUUAAUUAAGAUUUUAUACUUAUUUAAAUCUUGCAAUGUAAUAUAUAAUUCUUAUACGUAGUUAACAUGAAAGGAAAAUUCGAUUUAUUAAAAAAAAUGUUUAAGGAAUUUGGCAAGAAACGAUAUAGCUUUUUGUAGGUAAUAACUACCAAUGGUGUAGAAAUAAAGUUAUUGGUGUUAUGUACGAGUUUGAUUCCCGGUGAGAGCAAAGGAAAUCGUGAGCGUUAUAGUAGGGUGCGGCUUAUAUUCUCAUAUCUUGAUUUGGAAUGUAUAAAUUUAUUAACUUCCUAGGGAAUUUAUUUAUUUAUAAAAGAGAAAUGAAUUCUAUCAUUUUACGUCCACAUUUUCGCAAAUUGAUAAACUUACGGAAUUGAGGCAUAAUCUGCCUUAUUUAAAAAAGCGUAAAAUUAAAAGCGCUUCUGUUAAAAUUGGUAGAACUAAUUAGAAUCUUACGAAUGGAUAUAUAUUACAAAGAGUAAAAGUCCACCAAGGUCGCAAAUUAAUACAUUUUGGGUAAUGUGGACGUAAGAUUAAAAAUACAAUUCAUCCGUCAAUUAGAACUUACAAAAGUUUCGUUAGAUUCUAAAUAAGGGUUAUCAUUAUAUUAACAUCAUCCAAAUAUGUUACCGGAAAAUAUUCCACUACCAUAUAUUGUGAUGAUGUUUUUCAAAGAAACCUUUUAUUUUAGUUUAACUAUUUACUUUAAAUAAUAUAAUGAUUUAUUAUUUACGUUAAUAAUAGUGUAUCUUAAUUGAAAUGUAACAUGUUUGUAAUAAACUUUUCGUUAAUUUUACCAAAGAUUUUAUUAACUAAUUUGUAUUGUAAGAAUUAAUUAAUAAUUUUGUAUUAGUUGGUGAUAAGCAAUAUCCUCAUGCAUAUUUUGGUCUUAUGAUAUGAGUAAUUAAACAUUUUAAAGAUAUAAUUAUUUUUCUAGUUUAUAUUUGCGUAGACGUAUUAUGUAGGUACCUAUAAUAUUUCAAAACUUAAUACACAUAAUAAAAUAUACAUAUCACCAAUUUAUUUUGCCAUGCCUAUGUUGUUAAUUUUUGCAUUACAUUAAAAACAAGGUGGCUUUCUCAUCACCAACAAAAUUUUGAAAAUAUGAUAGUACAUAAUACACUGAGAUGUAAAGUUAUGAAUAAUUUUAAUCUUGACUUUUCAGUCUAUCAGUUUUGCUGUGUCUGAUAGCUUCAUUACUUAAGGACGAAAAAAAUAUAUUUGUGACUUUGCAUCUGCUUUCGUUCAAAAAUUUGACUAGUAUAUAAAAGUUGAUGUUUAAAAAGCCACCUUGAACUUACAUAUAUUAAUUGUUUAAUUUGUAAAUAUUUUUUAUUGAUGCUAACAAGAUGAAAAGACCAUGUAAAAUUAAGCACAUCGCUUAUGUAUGUAAUAGUUUACAGUUUAACUAGACUUGCUUAACUUAUAAAAAUGUAAUCGACAAUAAAAUGACACUGUAUUUUUUUUUAGACACUAUGCAUACACAAAUUUAUUAUAAAUACUUGAUUGAUCUUGUUUAUAUAAUUAAAAUUUAAUUUAUUAAAACACUUGAUCUAGUUUAUAACACAAGCAAAUUUGUGAACCAGUAUACACUUUAUGAGUUUCAAACUUCAAUAAUUUGGGUUUUGUAAUAUGAUUCCUCUACUCGCAACGUACAAUGCUUAAAUACUCGAUAAUAAGUAUUAACAUCGAAUAAUUGAAAUGAACUUUUUAACGGCUGUUAUUUUACCGGACAUUAUUUACUAAUGUGACGUUCUAUUUCGAUGAUAAAUGAUAAUAAACAACAGUGAUAUACACAUAUGGCUGUCUACAUGUAAGAAAUACGAGGAACAUAUUUUCUGAAAAUAUUGCUGAAUUAAUGAAAUAUAUUUAUUCAUAGACCGUUGAUUGCAGUUUUCAAUAAUAAACGUAAGCUUCACUUCAAUUCAAACACAUUUCAAAAUAAUCAUGUCUGUAAAAAUUGAUGAAAAAAGUUAUUUAUCUGGUUAUUUGGAACUACGAAAAUCAGAAUAAUAUACUUUUAUGGUAUUCAGAUUUUUAUAGUAUUAAGUAUAUUACUCUGAAUGAGAACCUUAUGAAACCCUAAAUUGAUGAUGGCCAAUAUCAGUUUCAGAUCGAUUAAAGAGCUUGAUUCCAAGCCUUUGCGACCCUUGGAACACAAAAGUUGACCUACGUGUUCCACAUAAAUCAGAAUAAUAUACUUGAUACCAUACAAAUCUGAAUACUAUAAAAGUAUAUUAUUUUGAUUUAUGUUGAACACAACUUUGAUGUUCCAAGGAUCACAAAGGCUUGGAAUAAUCGAUUUAAAACUGAUAUUGGCCAUCAACAAUUAAGGUUUUCAUUUACACGAGUAUAACUUAUUAUCUUUUAAAUUCGUCACAUAUUUGUAACAGUGGACUAGAUGUGCCUGUCGUGUUUAUGCUAUAAGUCAUAUCAUUUUCAAGGCAAAUAUUACUACAUAAGUGCAAAUUAUAUUUUAAUAAUUGUUGAAGUAAUUUGUAUUUAAAAAUCGACUGUAAAGGAUGUUACAAAUCAUAAGUGACCACUACGAAAUAAUCGCAUUUAUGUAUAAUGGAAACAGUAAACCUGUAAAUUCAGAAUGAAAUGUGACCGACUUAUCCGCCAACACACAGUCAAAACCACUAAUCAUUAUGCCAAUAAUUUAGCAGAGACAUAGCCAUAAAUGGUUUGGUUUCCGCUGAAGAUAUUUGCAAAUUUGAUGCGAGUGAACCCCGGGUAAAAGUCAGUUGUAGUAUUAGGUACGUUUAGAUAGUUAUAACAGGUGUCGUUUUUAUAAUUGACUUGCCUAGGUGUUACCUAUUUUGUAGCUAAUGAACGUGCAUAUAUAACCACAGAGGAUAAUUUAUAACUAGGUCUAGAAUAUUGUGUAUUGUGUAUUUUUACAAGAUACUUUUUACAGGCAUAUCAACGUUUCAGUUAAUGAUAAUUUACAUCCUAAUUUGCAGGAAUUGAUUUUGUUUUAACAUUAAUUUAAAGCAAGAGGUACCCUCUUUGCAAAGUCAUUAAAACACUAUAUACGCACAUGAGUACAAAUAGAAUUCUUGCCAAUAUAGCAUAAUAGACUAUAAAAUAUGAAUGUAGCUAAUUAGGGUCGUGAACCAAUCAAGCUUUUGUACAUCUUCAAUAAUAAGGUGAUGCUAUAGUGUUGCUUAGCUCCUCUCUACGUAUUAAUAUUAUACCUAGCAUAGCCUAUUUUCGUCAGCCUAUUCCACUGUUGGUCAUGCAAAAGUUGCCUAAAUUGAGAUAUAAAAAAAUGUCCCAACGACAUAUUAGUUGUGUAAAAGAUAAUACAAAUCAUAUCCACAUCAAUUCUCAAUUAUUUUCUAUUGAGGGAGCCAUAUAUAAUAUGGCAAUCAUAUUACAACAAAUAACUCAAUCUAUCGCCUGAAAAAAUGAUGGAAUCGCAGCCGAAUCCACGAAUUAGUCCUAUACCGAAUAAAUGCUCAGGCUCCCCAUCUAAAUGAGGUGAUGUGGAUGAAAAGAUCAACAGUGUAGACGGUAAUGAAAACAUCAUAUGCUUUGUCAAUUCUUAAAUAUUAUUAAUUUAAAUGAAAAUGAUGAAAUUCCAGAGUAUUCAUACAUUUACCACUAUACCUAGGUAGGUUUGUAUUUAAUCGUAACGUAAAUAUAGCAUAUUGUGAUUUAUAUUUUUAAAUACCAAUCAGUGGGCUGUGGCUGUAUCGAAUAAGCAUUUUUAAAUAUAUAACCAAUAUUUACGGAUUAUUAUCGAGUCGUUGUAUAUACAGCUAAAUACAUAUUAUAUUCGUACUUGUAUAGUUAAAUAGAUAUAACACAAAUACCCAUUUCAGGAAAAAAAGUUGUCCUUUGAUAUAUUGUAUACAUACAGCAUGGAAGUAGUAAGUACUAGGACAACAUGAAUGGGCACUGCUGCUAAAAUGGCCCUAGUGAAAUAAGUACGUCAUCUACGGGUGACUAUAUCUAUGUGGACAUAACUAGGAAUUUAUAUUGGUUUUACCGAUAGUUCAGGUUCAGUGUUUGGUAGAAAAUAAAUAUUAGGUAUGUAUGCAAAAUACUUGUAAAAGUUUUUUUUUGGCUUGCGCAUUAUCCUCUUUAGUCUCCAUAGUAUUCAUCCACAAAACAAAGUGAUCGCCUCGGAUUUCGGCUAAUGGAUGCCACCAACCCUCCUGCACCCAGUCUAUGUCAUGUCUUCUGCUGACCUUAUUGAUUAUUACACUUAGUAUCACCCCUAUGACUGCCCCGAUCAUAUUCCACGCAGGUAAUGUACAGAAUUUCGAAACGAAACGUUGCUUAUUCCUUAAAUAAAAAAAAUAAUAUUCACAAAUUAUUUUUUGUGAAUAUUAGAGCUUAGAAAUAUACCUAAGUGUUAUAUUUUCCUGGAGCGACAGUUUACAUAUGUGUGUUAACCAGAUCGAUGCAGCAGUAAUUUAGGAAGCGAAAUGUCUAACAUUUUGUGUGUCAUCCUAAACAUUAAUAAUAAAAUGUAAGGCGAUGUUUAUGCUAAAGUAUGGAGAUAACUUCAUCAGACUGAAACUACCCAUGAGAAUAUUUCUGGCUCCGUGUUAAUUGUAAAGAAUUCGAUAGGGGUACGUAUUGCGUUAUCUAUAAAACGGCUUUACUAAAAAUCUUCAAAAAUACAAUGUUACUCGAAAAAUCGUUGUUUAGUCUCGUCAAAAUAAAAUACACCCAAGUGAGAAAUAACCCAAUAGACAAAUUACCAAUCUAAAAAUGACUUAACGUCAAAACGACCAAAGGGAUAAAUAUUUAAGGUGCAAUAAACAUUUAAAUUAAUUUUCCUAAAUGUAUCAAUUUUGCCACAUGGUCUCGACGCACGUAUUUCCUUUCAAUAAUUUUUCUAUUCCAUCUCGGCAUAUUUUUUCAUAUUAAUAUUACAUACGUUCAUAUACGUUAUUCCAAUUAAAAUUAAAAAAAAAUUUAAAGUAUAAUACCCCUUUCAAAAUGUUAAGCAUUUUCAUUGUAAUAACGUGUAUUAAAGCUUUAAGCAUAGAUGUUCAGCUUGUCCUAAAGUAGAUUUUUUUUAUUUAUAUUGUGAUAUGUACUUAUAUAUCACGCAUAAAACUUUAACAUUUAGUGAACAUUUAGCUCAUGGGUACCAGUAAAAAUAGACAACUCUUGCGCUUUAUAGUAUAGAUAGAGAAUAAUAUAUACUUAAUUAUUUAAAUACAACGUUACAUGCGUCAGAGUUCAAAUGAAAAUGUAACUUAUAUGUUCCACUGUUUUAGAGUUUGAAGAUUUAUAUCUAAUACCAUAGUUUUGUAAACAAUAUUUGUAAGCAAUGUAAUUAUGUAAGACAAGAUCUAAAAAAUCUAUUUGGUCUUGAAAGAUCGAUAGAAAAUAAUUAAGUAGCUGAUUCUUACUUAUAAGAAAUUUGCUGACUAACGGCGCAGCGCUGGGAACCCUGUUAUUAAUUUCACAAAACAAUAUCGUAGAGGCUUCGUUUUCCCUCUUAAGAAUGAAGUCAUGAUACCGAAUACGUUAUUAUGUCUUCUUACAAUACAUAUUUGACACUGAUGCAUGUACACAGGGUACAGAGUUUAAUAAAAUGAUGCGUUUAGAUUCUUCAUUACAGUCCAGUGCUUUGAAUUAAUCAACCCCGGAUCAUUAUUAAUUUCAAUACAAUUUAACAAAAAAAAAUAAGGAACGUUUUGGAUCGACCAAGAUCCUAGCACAUACCUACGUUAAACAAUCAUCCACGUUGUGAUAAAGUAUUGUACACUUCAACUUCUUUUUUAUCUUGAGCUCCGUUGUGAAGCAGUUUUGAGUAAGAUUUUUCUAAAUUGUUUAGCCAAUUCUUCUUAUUUAAUUCCUGUCGCUUGUCAAAACAAGAUAUCUCGCCCUGGACACUGGUGAGAAAUUAUUUGGUUUAUCAACUGUCAAUUAUCCAAUUCUACAAACAUUACGGAUAAUUCUUAGUAAAUAAAGAAUAUUUAAUGUUCUUAAACUUUUGUACGAAAUUGUUAAAAGUAUAAACAUAAAGUAAAACUUAAUACGUUGGUUGUAAGAAAUAUAAUCUCUUAUAUGUAAAUACUUAUUUGAAUUAACAGUAUGUUUAAAAAACUAGUUAAACUAACUCGGGGUAGUUGUAGUUUUCUGUAAUUUUUAUCUACUCGAUUAACAUUACUGCGUUAAAUCGCGCAACGACUGAAUAGUGUUGUAUAAAAUAGACUUUGUGUCUUAAGAUCCGAAUGUCAUCAAGUCAUUUUUUAGGAAAAAGCAUAUGUUAUCAUUCAUACCUGUAUCGGCGUCGGUAUUUUCUUAUUUCGUUAUAUUGACUAAUAUUUAUAUACUCACGAUUUUAUAAAUAUCCGUUUCUGCAUUGACGAUUUUCAGUAUAGUCAAAUCAUCAAUCCACGAAUUAUAAUUAAAUAAUAUUAAUAACAUAUAAAUUAUAUAUAUUCACUUCUUUAACCCUUGUGGGGUAGACAGAGCCAACAGUCAUCAAAAGACUGAAAGGCUACGUUCAGUUGUUUGGGUUAAUGAUAGACUUGAGAUUGAGUGACAGAUUGCGAGCCCAUCGCCUAAACGAAGAAUCUCAAGUACUACCUAUAUAAGCCUAUCCCUUAGUCGCCUUUUACGACAUCCAUGGGAAGGUAAUGGAGUGAUCCUAUUCUUUCUUCUAUUGGUGCCGGGAACCGCACAGCACUAAUGAGUGCGAUAAUUUGAAUUCAUCGUAAUCCCAUCACCAGAUCUUAUUUUCAAGUGGCUCGAGUUGUCCAAAUUCAUCAUUAUUAUUUUACAAAACUGAGUAGAAAUGGUAAAUUUAAAUCAAUAUAAUUAUCGCAGUAACUAGGUACAUUUAACAACUAUUCAUAAGAAUAAAACCAACGAAAUGCUUGUUACUGUAUCAAAACAAUACCUUCUUGAAUCAUACAAUCCAUUCUAUUUGACAGAACUACAAGAAUAUUUAUGAAAUAGUUGUAUUCGUUUACACCGUUAAAUUGUGUAAUGUAAUCUUUAAAUUAUAAGAGGUAAAUUUACUGCACUGUUUUUUUAUGACCCUUAGUAUACGUAUAUACCUAAUUAUUGUAUUAACAAGAUUCUUUGUUAAAUGAUAGUUUCCAAAGCACACAUUAGUUUUGAAUAACGAUAAGCUUUGUAGUUUUAAUAAUAUAAGGAUUAAUUUACUAACGUUGAAGCAACUAUUUGUUGAAUAAGAUUGAUAAAAUUGAUAUAUUACGGUUAAUUAAGGCAUGCAAUGCACUUUUGUGUAACAUUAAACUUGUAAGUUAGUUCAUUUUGUUUAUAAAAAGGAAGCCGGAAUAAAUAGAUUCCGAUAAA